GAGGCGCCCACUUAUGCUCCAUUGAUUCCGGUGCCUAAUGUUCAAGAGCUGGUGAGGGAGGAUCUUUGCAGGUUCCACAAAGAUAUGUUAGGGAACUAGAAGAUAGACCCAAAGAUACAGAUAUGUCACAUCUUUCUUCACUUAUUCCCGUCGUUGAUUUGUCAUUGCUGUUAAUGGGGAAUAAGGAGGAGCUAAAAAAACUGGAUUUGGCUUGCCAAGAAUGGGGUUUCUUUCAGGUGGUAAAUCAUGGAGUUGCAAAGGAAGUGUUGCAGAAAAUGAAGGAUGUUGCAGCUGAGUUUUUCGAGCUUCCGCUAGAAGAGAAGAACAAGAACGCGAUGCCGUCGGAUGACAUACAAGGGUACGGACACAUAUAUGUCAUCUCGGAAGAGCAGAUACUGGACUGGUCGGAUGCACUGAUGCUUGCGGUUCACCCUUCUCAUUAUAGGAAGCUCAAGUUUUGGCCCAAGUCACCUACAGGUCUCCAGGAAAUCAUAGAAGAAUAUUCGAAUGCGAUACGAAAAUUCGGAACAGAGCUGUUGGAAUCAUUUUCUCUGAUCAUGGGAAUGGAAAAGGAAGCCUUGCUUGGACUGCACAAACAGUUGAUCCAAGCAUACCGAGUGAACUACUACCCUCCCUGCUCUAAGCCAGACCAAGUACUAGGUGUUAGUCCACAUUCAGACUCUAGCACUAUAACCAUACUCAUGCAGGACGAUGAUGUGUGCGGAUUACAGAUUAAGCACGACGACGAUUGGGUGCCGGUUAAUACGAUCCCGGAUGCUCUAGUCGUGAAAGUCGGCGAUGUCAUUGAGAUGUGGAGUAACGGCAAGUACAAGAGUAUUGAACACAGAGCUGUUGUAAAUGAUGAAAGGGCAAGAAUCUCUUAUGCGUCAUUCCUAUACCCGCACGAUGAGGUUGAGAUUGAGCCCCUGAUCGACCCGAAAACAGAACAGCUGAUUUAUAAGAAAGUGAAAUAUGGGGAUUAUUUGAGGAACUCCAUGAAGACAAAAAUGGAGGGCAAAGCUCACACCCACGUAGCAAAGGUUGAAACUCUCGCUUAAC